AUGCCCUGCUGCAACCAGGCAGACAACUUUCCCAGCUUCAAGGCUUGCUGGGGCAGCAUGUCUUUGGUGGGGCCUGCAGUCUCUUGGGCUCCUUCCCCUGCAAAGGACGUGAUCCUGAGCACUCAGAGCAACCCUUCUGUGCUCGUGGCCUCCUGGAGUGAAGCCCCUGGUGGGAAAGAUGGCUACCAGCUGGUUCUCUACCACACAGAAUCUCAGGCCCCUGUGAAGAAUGUGACCCUUCCAAAAGGAGCCACCACUUUCCAGUUUGAGAGGCUUCUGGCUGGCAGCAAGUAUGCCCUGCGCAUCACUACACUGGCGGGUCACUUGGCAGCAAGCACCAGUGUACAGCAAUGGACAGCCCCUGUCGCCCCUAAAUCACUGACUUUACGGAGCAGGCGUUCCAACUCCAGCCUUACCGCCUCAUGGGCUGGCACAGAGGGAGCAGAAUGGCUGUAUUUCACCCUCCAAAACCUCCGCAUCCCUACUGAAAGCAUCACUGUGUCAACCAGGAAGGGUGUGGACAGCUACACUUUCCAGCAUCUGCAACCUGGCACCCCCUACUUCCUGAAGGUCAGGGUGUCAGCUGGGCAUUAUGAGGCUGAGGGGCCCAGUGCCACUGCUUAUACAUACCCUCUGAGCCCAACCAGUGUGAGCUUGGUCAACUCUGGCAAAAACAACACCUUGAAGGCAUCAUGGGAAUCCCCAGCUGGAGAAAGAGAAUUCUAUCUGGUGACUCUGCAGGAGGGAAAGAGCAGCACACCCCUCCGAAAUCUGACAGUAGCAGCGCACAGCACGCACCAUGUCUUCCGUGGCCUGACUCCUGGGACUCGCUACAUUGCCUGGGUAACCGCUGUUGCUGGGCCCCACAGAGCAUCUUCUCAAAGCGUCUCGGCUUGGACAUAUCCCAUAGCUCCAUCAGAUGGCAGCCUGUCAAGCCAGGGCAGUGCCCACAUGCUUCAUGCUUGGUGGCAAGAGGCGGCUGGGACUGGCUAUGUGGCAGCACUGUACACCACAGAACCGCCCACGCUGGUGCAAAACAAUUCACUCUCUAAGGGCAAUUCCAGCCUGCGCUAUGAGCAGUUAAACCCAGGCACUCACUAUAUGUGGGAGAUCAGCACUGUCGCUGGGCCCUACAUCUCCCUGCCCCUUCGCCUCAUGAACUGGACCUAUCCUUUGCCUCCAGGCCACCUGAGCCUCAGCAGCGAAGGUCGCAGCACGUCACUGCAUGCCUCUUGGCAAAACCCCUCUGGGGGCAAAGGCCAUUACAUAGGAACCCUGUUGGAAACCAAAUCCCAGCAGGAGAUCCAAAAUGUGACCAUAGGAAAGGGCAGGACAGACGCCAUCUUCGACAGGCUGGUCCCUGGACGUCAGUACACCCUGAGGAUGGUCGGCGUGGCUGGCCCAUUCCAGUCUCCCGCUCAAACGGCCAGUGACUGGACAUAUCCCCAAUCUCUGGCCAACGUGAGUGUGAGAUGUGGCCAGACCCCCCAGCAAUUGAUUGUGAGUUGGAUGGAAUCAGGUCAAGGACGAGAAUACUGGAUACAGCUCUACUCAGAUGAAUCCCUGUCUGUUAUCCGGAACCUGUCAGUGCCACAUGGAACUGCCGAGGUGCCCAUAGAUGGCCUAGUGGAAGGGGCACGAUACCGUGUUGAGAUUGUCUCCAGGGCUGGACCUCACUAUGUUUCCUCACAAACAGCCAUUGGCUACACAGUCCCCUUGAUGCCUCUCUCCCUGCUGGUGACCAGCCGUAGCUCCUCAACAUUGUCUGUGCAAUGGAAGGCCCCUGCUGGGCAACGGGACAGCUAUAUGGUCUCUGUCUCUGAAGAAGGCCCUGAAGCUACCAGAAACCACAUUCCUGUGGAGAAAACCAGCACUAAUAUCACCCUUCUGGGGUUAACACCAGGAACAUGCUACGUCAUUGCAGUGUGGUCGCUGGCUGGACCAUACAGCUCAGCUUCCCGGAACAGCACAGGCUGCACAGCUCCUGCAGCACCUGUGAACCUGAUGCUGAGGAAUGCUGGCAGCUCUUCUGUGCUGUACAUGGCCUGGACAGAGGCCUCUGGGCACAAGGACUUCUACCGGCUUAUACUAUAUUACCUGAUGCCUCCAGGAACGGAAAGAGUUCACGUUGUGGGUCCAGGUACCCAGGAUUUCAACUGGACAGGUUUGCCAGCAGGCAGCCAAUUUGCUGUACAGAUUGUCACAGUGAAAGGGCAAACUGAGGCCUUCUCUUCCACCAUCACUGAGUGGACAUCUCCUCUGCCAGCUACCUCUGUGCAAAUGUGGAACGAGAGGCACCCGGACAGGCUGCAAGUGGUUUGGACACCAGCAUCCAGCAGACUACAUGGCUAUGAACUAAACUUGUAUUGCUCAGGAUGCCGCACCACGGCAGCACAAAACUUUGUGGGGAGAGAUGCCACCAAUUACACCUUCUUAGGACUGACACCAGGAACCAGAUACUGGUUUGAGAUUAUCUCCUUGUCAGGCCCCUAUAGAGCAUCCGCAGGAAACAUCACUGACUGGACAAGCCCUCUGCCUCCUCACACAGUGACUUUGUCAAACAAAGGGCACUCUGACCAGCUGAGUGCUGCCUGGGAACCCCCUGCAGGAGAACAAGAGGGCUAUGCACUGACACUGUAUUAUGCUGGAUCAGGCACUGUGGCAGCCAAGACAUCUGUACAGAAGAGGGCCACAAACUUCACCUUCUUAAGUCUGCUCCCUGGAACUAAAUAUUUGCUUGAGGUUUCUUCGUUGGCAGGGCCAUACCGGAUGUCAGCAAGAAAUGUCAGUGACUGGACAUACCCUGUGGUUCCCAGGAAGCUCUCUGCAGUGGUUGAAAGGGGCCGCUCUGCACUCUCUGUGUUCUGGGGGAAGCCUCUUAGCAAGCCUGAGCGCUGCCAGGUGCAGCUGUGGCAUCCUGGCAACAGGACCAUGCUCCAGAAUCACACCUUGGCCCCAUGGCAGGUCCAGCAUGUUUUCCAGGACUUGGUUCCAGGAAGAAAUUACUCCGUAUCACUCAGCUGCAUUUCUGGGCCAUAUAAGGGCAGCUCUGAGACAGUGGUAAUACCAAUAGAGCUCUCUGAGGUGAAGAACCUGCAAUGUUUCCCUGAUGUCACCAGUAUUUUUCUGAACUGGACCAUCCCUGACAGUGAUAUUAAGGCUUAUGAGCUGGCAGUGGAGACGUUUCCAAGAAGAGUCCUCCAUCAGCCCGUACUUCAUCUGGCUGUUUCCAGGGCUGAAGCAACUCUGACAGAGCUGACCUCAGGCUCAUCAUAUCAAAUUUUCAUUAAUGCAGUUGGCAGGAAUAGCAUGAGGGGUCCAUCUGUGACAAUGAUCUGCAACACGUCUGUGGAAGUCCUUCCCCCUCCUGUGCUAGCAGACAUCCCAGAAUUUGAUGCCAGCGCUAGAGUCAUCAUCUCCCCCGACAUGUUCAGCGAGGAGAAUGGCCGCAUAGAGUAUUAUGGUGUCGUUGUCACCACUAAUGAAUCUUUGUUGAGACCUACCCAAGACAUCGUCUCCCACACAUGGUAUGACCACUAUUAUGGGCAAGAAGACUCAUAUUUAGCUGUCUUAGUGCCAAACCCCUUUCAUCUCAAUGAGAGCACCGGUCCCAAGGCCUGGCCAGUGACUGUUGGCUCAGAGGAAUGCAGUCACUUGCAGAAAACCUGCAAUGGAAAACUGAAGAGAGACACACAGUACAGGUUCAGUAUUGCCGCAUUCACAAGUUACAAUCAGUGGUCUCCCAAAGUGUCCUUCACAGCCUUCUCAGCGGCAGAUGCCUCCAUGGACUCUGCUAUGCUAUCUGCUCCAAUUAUGGCUGGAAUCAUCGUGGGAUUCCUCCUGACAGUCACAGCAAUUGCUGGGUUGGUCUACAUGAAGCAUUUGAAGUCAAGGAGAAAGGAGAAGGGUAACAUGCCGCAAGAAAUGGCUACAUACAGUCUGAGAAAUAUUCACCGGCCCAUCCCCAUACAAAGUUUCAGGCAGUAUUAUGAGGCAAGGGCAGCAAACUCCAAUCAUGGGUUCUUUCAGGACUUUGAGGAGCUGAAAGAAGUGGGGAAAGAGCAACCAAAAACAGAAGCUGAACACCCUGACAACCUCUGCAAGAACCGAUACCCCCAUGUUCUGCCUUAUGAUUACACCCGUGUAAAGCUGAACCUCCUGGAUGGGGAACCCCACUCUGACUAUAUCAAUGCCAACUUUGUACCAGGUUUCAACUCCCCACAGGAGUUUAUCGCCAGUCAGGGACCCUUGAGGAAAACAGUGGAUGACUUCUGGAGGCUGAUCUGGGAGCAACAUGUCUGCACUAUUGUUAUGUUGACUGUGGGUAUGGAGAAUGGACGAGUGCUUUGUGAAUGCUACUGGCCCUUGGACACUUCUCCCGUCGUUUCUGGACAGAUCACCAUCCACUUGCUUGCUCAAAAUUUUGCAGAUGAGUGGACCACACGGGAGUUCAAGCUCCAGCAUGCAGUGCUCAAAGAGGAGAGGGGAGUGACCCAUCUGCACUAUACAGCAUGGCCUGAUCAUGGUGUCCCCGAGUCCACAACUUCCAUCAUUACCUUCAUAGAUCUGGUGCAAGCACAUGUGCAGAAUGCAAAGGACUCUGGGCCUACACUGAUACACUGCAGUGCCGGAGUGGGCCGCACAGGCACCUUCCUUGCCCUUGACCGGCUCCUGCAGCAGCUGAAGCACGAGAAGAUGGUGGAUGUGUUCAACACCAUGUACAGUCUACGGAUGAGCCGCCAUGUGAUGAUUCAGACUCUGGGGCAGUACAUUUUCCUGCACAAUUGCAUCCUAGAGAAGAUCUCUGAAAACCCACUUAUUGGCCUAUCUGGAGUAGAUCUCUCCCACCCCAUCCCUCUGAAGAGCUUUGUUCAGCAUCAUGCAAGGAACAGUUACAAGGCCAAUGCUGGCUUCCUGAGGGAGUAUGAGAUGCUUUUGGAGGCGGCAAAAGAGGAGGUCAGUUCUGCUGCAUCACUUCCUAGCAACCAACAGAUCAACUUCUGCUCCAGCAAGAUCCCCUGUGACCAUGCCAAAGUGAAGUUCUCAGCACUGGAUCGGGAUCCCUUCUCAGACCUCUCACAUGUUUGGUUCAUCCCUGGCUGCAACUCAGCCAAGGAUUAUAUAGCUAUUGAAGGACCUGAUAAACUAGCCCUGGAGGAGUUCUGGGGCCUGGUCUGGGAAUAUGGAGUCCACACCAUCAUUACUUUAACAUCUGGACGGACAAGCAGCCUGGCUCCAGAUGACACCUGCUGGCCUUCUGAGGGAGAACCUGUCUGCACGGAGAUGCUGACCAUCCAACAAGGCCCUGAGAAGGCUGUUUCAGGGUGGCCGUGCGUUCAGCUCCGACUGAAAUGCGAGAAGAAGGCCAAGGAGAGGGUGCUGCAACGCUUCCUUUUCCCAUUGUGGGCAGGAGAGGAACAGCCCGCCCCCAAGGUCCUGGUGGGCUUCCUCACCAUCAUCAGGCAGCUGGUG